AUCCUGAAACUGGCACAAUGAAGACAAGCAGAUGCCCUUGUUCUAAGUAAAUGAGUGUCUUCCUGGUUUCAUUUCAGUAACUUCAUAGUUUCAAGAGAGAGAAAAAAAAAUAUAUAUACAUGAAGAUUAAGGAUGUAUUUGACAUUACUGUGGGAAAAACACCUUGAAAAUUUUCAUCUAUAUUUCAAAAUAUCAGUUUUUUUUUUCAAACCACAAUCCCAAACGAGCCAAAAUCAACGGGAAGAAGUCUGUGGAACUCCAAGUAGGGAUGCAGCAGAGGGUCAACUAAACUAUGGCCUACCAUCAUCAUAUGCCUACACCCCCAAUUACUUGCCGGAAUUGCAUGAUAUAUACACAAGGGAUUCGCUUCAUUAAUAUUAAGAACUCUCUCCCUCUCUCUCUCUCUCUCUCUCUCUCUCUUUCUCUGUCUCGCUCUCUUCCCCCCACCCCCUAGGCUUCAUCUUUUGGAACUUCUGAACCUUUUGACAUGGGAGAAGCUCAAGAAGUGCAACUUCAAAUUAUGGUUCAGGAAGCUAAAGAAGAAAAUUCACCCGAGUCUGCGAGUGUCACAAACCAGUCAACACUGCCACAAAGAAGAAACUACAAUUGGUGGUUUCGAGUGUCGCUCUAUAUACUGUUUCUCCUCUUUGGUCAGUCAGUGGCUGUUAUCUUAGGAAGAAUGUAUUUUGUUAAAGGUGGAAAUAGCAAAUGGAUGGCAACGCUAGUGCAACUUGUUGGCUUCCCAAUUCUCAUUCCCUACUAUUUCAUUAUAAAACUCAAAAAUCCUACUGCAUAUGAUACUUGCACAAAACCACCAUCUGUCUUAACCCUCACAGCAAUUUAUGUCUCGCUUGGCCUACUGAUGGCAGCAGAUUGCUUUAUGUAUUCAAUUGGGUUACAGUACCUUCCUGUAUCGACCUACACCCUUAUAUGUGCAUCUCAGUUGGCUUUUAAUUCUGUUUUCUCCUUUUUCCUUAAUUCCCAGAAGUUCACUCCAUUUAUAAUCAAUUCUCUAGUCCUUCUAACCAUCUCCUCUGUCCUCCUGGUGUUCAAUAACGAGUCUGCAAACCCGACUAGAUUCUCUAAAGCCAAGUACGCAAUCGGUUUCAUAUGCACUGUGGCUGCUUCUGCAGGGUCUGGACUGAUGCUGUCACUGACACAGCUUUGCUUCAGGAAGGUUCUGAAAAGGCAAACAUUUAAGGUAGUCAUGGAUAUGGUAAUCUAUCAGGGAAUAGUUGCAACUGGUGUUACAAUGAUUGGAUUUUUCGCCGGCGGAGAGUGGAAAAGUAUAACAAGAGAGAUGGAUGAGUAUCAAAUGGGAAAGGUGUCCUAUGUAAUGACCUUAAGUUGGACUGCUAUAAUUUGGCAGGUGUUUGCCAUUGGAUCUGUUGGGUUGAUUUUUGAGGUAUCUUCUCUGUUUUCCAAUGCCAUAAGUGUCUUAGGCUUGCCUAUUAUUCCAGUCGUAGCCGUGUUCCUUUUCCACGACAAAAUGGAUGGUAUAAAGGCAAUUUCCAUGCUGCUGGCUGUCUGGGGCUUCCUCUCGUAUGUCUAUCAGCAUUACCUCGACGAUCGUAAAUCCAAGGCUGAAAACAGAAAUGCCAUUGAAGUUUCUAAAGCUUCAAAUACUGGAACCUCUAGGGAAGAAUAAAAUGGGGUCUGCAGAUAGAUACUUGACAGCUAUUCCUGGAGUUUUUUUCUUUUUUUUUUUUAUAUAUUUAUUAAAUAUAUUUUUCAUUUAUUAUAAAAUAAAUAAAUAAAUAAAUAUUGAAAGUC